AUGGGCUUCUUCAAACAUCCCUGUGGUGCAAUCUCAACAACUGCCCAUAUCAUCCAAUGCAUCAGUUCAUUAAUCGUCCUGGGGAUCACAGCCUGGGCAGCCCGAGGGACCAAAACCCUUACAGUGAUCUUCUCCUUGGUGAUGGCGGUUCUGACUCCAAUCGUCUACGGUAUAACACUAAGCACCAGCUGCAUUACCCGACGUCGCAGAUGGCACGUUCUCCCUCUGCUAGUGACGGACGCAGCAAUUUCUUACCUCUGGCUCACUGCAUUCAUCUUCCUGGCUCUGAAUUUCAACAACGUCAGCUGCACUGUGCACCUCUGGAACAGACAGACGGUAUGUAGCCGGAAGUAUUCAGCCGAAGCAUUCAGUUUCAUUGCAUUCUUUGCUACACUCAUAGCUCUGGCAUUCGAGAUUUUGUAUACUUACCUCCCGAAGAACGAUAUCCCAGUGCGGGAGAAGCGAAAUGGGGUGACGCACUUGGAGGAUAAUCUCCGGGGUGCCGGGGUGAUGAGUCCUUGA